UCUCCCUCCUCUCUCUCUCUCUAAACCUAAAUCCCCAAUUAGCGAAUCCUACGAGGAAUAAUAGAUCGCCAUGGACGGGAAGAAGACCGCGGGACGAGCUGCAAGCUCCAGCGUCGACUGGAUGGAAGCCUCCGAAGCCAUGGAAGGACCCGCAAGCUCCAGUAGUGCCGACUGGAUGGAAACCGACGAGGUGCCGCCGCCGCCGUCCACAUCCACCACGACGGUGACAAGGAAGAGGAGGAAGUGGCGGAGGAUCCCUCGCACCAAGACGGCCGCGACUCCAGUGCCAGUAGAACCGCUAAACCCGUAUGUAAGAGCAGAGAUGGAGAAAGGGUUUUGUUGACGCUGGCCAACGCCGAUUUCAUCGAGAAGAUGCGCGAGGAGGACCGCAAUCUGUCCACGGAGCAGGACAGGCUCGACUUGUACGCCUUCAAGAGGAAGAUGGUCCCGGCCCUGCGCCACAUCGCCACCGCCGACCCCGAGGACAUCUGCUUCUUCCCCACAGUAUACAGCGACACCGUGGAGGAGUGCCUGACGGCUGAGGACCUGGAAGCACAAGUACUAGCAAAAUAUCCUAAUCGCCGGCCUUGCCAGCAAGCAGAAGACUUCGCUGAACUUGCUCUAGCGCACUACAAUGAGAAGACGACGCACAAGUUUGAGAUGGCUACGACAUUGCUAUCUAGUUGCUUCUCUGAGCUGUCUGGGGCCACGUAUGGUCAUGUUAAUUUCACUGCCGUUCCUCAGAAGCAGACUGUCGCACAGCCCGCAUCCAAUACCAAGAGGUUGUUCUUCGCAUAGCUUAAGCUUAUUCCGGAUCAGCUUCUAGUGAACGCAGAUGCUCAGCCAAUGCGUUUGCAGAGUGUAUACACCGUCGAUGAUUCUUUUAUGGUAUGUAUUUCGGAUCUCUUGUAACGUAGUUUUUCGAUAUUAAUACAGCUUUUAGUAUUGAAGUAAAACAGGGUGCUAGCCAUGAACAACAAUGUAGGAGUUUGCAUUUCAUAAGUUACUCACCACUACCCUACAUUCAUAGAAGGAGAAUACAAAGUAGUAUGCAUCAGCUCAUAUAAUUUCAUAAAUGCAACAUGCAAAAACUACUCCCUUCGAACAAAAAAAGUUUUUUGGAUUGAAGGG